AUGUAUAGACGCUCAUUGUACUAUUCCACUUCGCCCCACCCUGAGUCACCCCUACGAUACUACCUGCGCGAACAGCGGCGCAGUUCCCUCGUUGCACGCGUGCCAUCUCCAUCCCGUCCUCUGCUCUUCUUCCCUCGGCCGAUUCCGCUCCUCUUCCUGUUUCCUUCACGCGCGACUCUUGCAAAAUCGCCGAAUCGCGGCCAAUCAUUCGCCAAGCGUCGCCGAACGUCGCCACCGCGCAGCACGCACUGCGUAUAUUCAACGCGGCUCUGCUGCCGGAGUCGCAUCGAGAGCCGUGGAAACACGGAUGUUCGCGAAACCCUAAACAGAGCCUGCAGGGGCAUGCCAGGGGAGGGAACCACAGCAGCAGCAUCCCAUUCCCGUUUUAAGCAGCUCCAGGAAGCAUCCUUUUCUCGGAUCUAUCAGUUACAGGAAGCAAUGAACGUGACUACAACAGAAGCAAUCUGCUGCGGCGUUAUUGUAUGCAACGUGUUCGUGCUCCUGUUUGCUGCGAUUUUCGCCAGCGAUGGCAGCGGGCAGGAAAAUGUUUUCGACGAGCGGACGUGGGCCAAUAGCGACGACCAGAGCAAGCCGCCAUUGAAUUCGAUCGCGGUUGAUGCUGCCACUCCGCCUCCUAUAGUGGUGAUGAAAUCAGGGAAGAAAGACUAG